AAUAAAUAGAUAUAUACCAAUGUCCCCUUCCCAUUAUCACGAUUUUUCAUGUCUUCCUCCUUCCUUCUUUCCAACUCCAACCCACACCCUUCUCUACCAUUUAAAACCCCUUCUCACAAUUAUUAUUAAUAUUAAUAUUUAUUAUGAGUAAUUGGUUGGGUUUCUCUCUUACUCCUCAUCUCAGAAUCCAUGAUUCCUCCACCCCUUCCGCCGAUGAACAACCCAACACCGCCGCCUUCCCCCAUCUCAUGCCUCUUCGCUCCGAUGGAACUCUUUGUAUCUCCGCUCCCCACGAUUGGAGAUCGUAUGAAAAUGAAGAGGGAAGUCCAAAACUUGAGGACUUCUUGGGGAAUUGCUAUUCAAACUCACCGCCAAAUGAUCAAACCCAUAGUAACAACGGCGCCGGCUUUAUUCAACCCAACAAUAAUAGUAAUAAUAAUGAGGAUGAUGAUAAUUACAAUUACCAAGCCCAUCAAUCUCUAACGCCUAACAAUACGAAUGCAAUUGACAAGUCUUGGUUGGGAGCUACUUCACAAAAUGAGUGCGGGUCGUUUCAAUCUCUUUCUUUGGGUAUGAGCCCAGCCAACUCUCAAAACGACAUAGCUUCAUUGACUUCACCUCCGUCGCCAUCGCCGCCCCAUAUGGCUGCUGAUUCCCGGAAACGGCCUAUGACUGUAGCCAAGGCUUUUAUUAAAGAACCCGUACCAAGAAAGUCCAUUGAUACUUUCGGACAAAGAACCUCCCAGUAUCGCGGUGUCACAAGGCAUAGAUGGACAGGAAGGUAUGAGGCACAUUUAUGGGAUAACAGCUGUAGAAAAGAGGGACAAACAAGGAAGGGAAGGCAAGUUUAUCUUGGGGGUUAUGAUAAAGAAGAGAAAGCAGCGCGAGCUUAUGAUCUAGCUGCACUAAAAUAUUGGGGAUCAACAACACAUAUAAAUUUUCCUCUGAGCACUUACGAAAGCGAGCUGGAAGAAAUGAAGAACAUGACCAGACAAGAGUUCGUAGCCAAUUUGAGAAGGAAAAGUAGUGGAUUCUCAAGAGGAGCCUCAAUGUACAGAGGAGUUACAAGACAUCAUCAACAUGGAAGGUGGCAAGCUAGAAUAGGAAGAGUAGCGGGAAAUAAAGAUCUGUAUCUUGGGACAUUUAGUACACAAGAGGAGGCGGCGGAGGCCUACGACAUUGCAGCAAUCAAGUUUAGGGGGACGAGUGCUGUGACAAAUUUCGACAUUAGUAGGUAUGACGUAAAGAGGAUUUGCUCUAGUUCGACUUUGAUUGCUGGGGACCUUGCGAAACGAUCACCAUUAAAGGACGGUGUUCCCUCAACAACUGAAGACUAUACCACUUGUGCUUCUCCAUCAUCGUCCUCACAGCCUCUCAUGGCCAUUACGGAUGGCAGUGCUGAGAGUCACCACGAGUUGGCUGACAUGGUUUGGUGUGACAACGCUGUUGCAGAUGAUAGUAAUCAACACCAUGAGAAUGUAGCAAAGAUGGACAACGAUUUGAGUUUGAUGGGUUCGAGCAAUAGAACGAUAGAUGCAUCAACGAAGUGCUCCCCAGUGCGAAACAAUGAGGAGUUUGCUGGGAUUGGGGUUGGGGUCGGUGUGGGGGGAGGAGAUCAGUAUCCGCAAGGAUAUUUUUCAAUGCAAGAAGAAAAGUAUGAAGAGGGGGAUCAAAAUAGGCAAAUGAAUGUAACGUUGGGUCAUCAUCAUGCUCCAAUGUUUGCUCUAUGGAAUCAAUGAGCUUAGGGGGGGGAAUUAGGGAAGGGAAACUGUCUUUUAUCUUGAUUGUACUUUUUUGGUAUUAGUUACUAUGGGAUUUUCCUUUCUUUCUUUUUUUUUUUUUUUUUCUUUAGGUUAGAAAGGUGAUGGAAGUUAAAAGUUAAGAUAGUAAUUAGUAGGGUUAGGAUGAGGUAGGAAUAGAAUUUAGUUGGCAAUAGUUUUUAAGAGGUUAGAAAAUGUUGGAUUUUGAUUUUGUUUCUCUUUUCCAACAUUUGUGGCAAUGCCAAGUAUAAAAUUAAGGAACUUAUAUUA